UACGUGCAUGACUCGGAGUUCACACUAUAUAAGCACUUCACAUUUGUACACUUCUUUUAGAACAGAAAGUUGUUUCAGACGUCACUAAAAUGCUUCGUCUAGCUGUAUUUUGUGCGAUUGCUAUUACUUGCGGUUUGGCGGCAACCAUUAUGCCCCCUAAACCGACGCAUGCGCCCCAUGGCUCACACGCAACCCUAGAGCCUGGAGAGCACGAGACCUACAAGUUUGCAUAUGAACCACGCACUCACUUGAUGGUCGUGGCGUCCGGACACAACUGCUAUAUACUCACCCUGUCUGAUGCCGAGCAAACCUCAGUCCACACUGACUCCGGCCUUCGGGCUAUUGAGCUGAAAUCCCUCGGCUUGAUCAGCACUGGGACCCAGACAAUGACCACCAAGGACAAUCUAGACGCCCAUGUUGUCCAUGUUUGCGGCGCUCACAUCACGAACUACUUUACGGUCGCUUAAUUAGACAACAGAAAUAAAGUGUAAAAUGCC